AUGUCUAGACAGGCUGCUUCUAACACCGAUGCCGCUGAGGGUCUUGAAGCCUGUAUUGAGAAUAGUCAGCGAGACAUGACUACGACCCAAGAAGAUCUGAUAGCUUUUAGAGCUCGCAAAGUUGCGUUGAUUACUGGAAUAUCUGGACAAGAUGGAUCUUAUUUGGCUGAGUUACUUCUCUCCAAGGGAUAUAAAGUUCAUGGAAUCAUUCGCAGAUCUUCAUCUUUUAAUACUGCUCGUAUUGAGCAUUUAUACAGCAAUCCAGUAACUCAUCAUGGAGAUUCAUCUUUCUCUCUUCACUAUGGUGAUAUGACUGAUUCUUCUUGUUUAAUUAAGUUGAUCUCAACAAUCAUGCCCACAGAAGUCUAUCAUUUGGCUGCUCAAUCUCAUGUCAAGGUCUCCUUCGAUCUCCCUGAGUAUACAGCUGAAGUAGAUGCUGUGGGAACUCUGAGACUAUUAGACGCUAUUCAUGCUUGUGGUUUAACAAAGAAGGUUCGUUUUUACCAAGCUUCAACUUCUGAACUUUAUGGAAAAGUGCAAGAGAUCCCACAAAAAGAAACAACUCCAUUCUAUCCUCGAUCUCCUUACGCUGUGGCUAAAUUGUAUGGAUAUUGGAUUGUUGUCAACUAUCGUGAAGCUUACGAUAUGUUUGCCUGCAAUGGUAUUCUCUUCAAUCAUGAGAGUCCUAGAAGAGGAGAAACAUUCGUUACAAGAAAAAUCACCAGAUCUGUUGCUAAGAUCAGUCUGGGGCAACAGGAGUAUGUUGAGUUAGGAAACUUGGAUUCUCUUCGUGAUUGGGGACACGCUAGAGAAUACGUCGAAGCUAUGUGGCGUAUACUCCAGCACGACCAUCCAGACGACUUUGUCAUUGCCACUGGCAAACAAUACACAGUUAAGGAGUUCUGCAACUUGGCUUUUGCUGAGAUCGGCGUCACUCUUGUAUGGGAAGGAGAAGGAGUUGAUGAAGUUGGAAAAGACAAAGAAACAGGUGCUGUUAGAGUAAAAGUCAGUCCAAAGUAUUAUCGCCCAACUGAAGUAGAAACUCUUCUCGGAGAUGCAACAAAAGCUAAAGAAAAGCUUGGAUGGGAAGCCAAAGUUACUCUCAAUGAGUUGGUGAAGGAAAUGGUUGAAUCUGACAUCGCACUCAUGAAGGCUAAUCCGAUGGCAUGA